AAAAACGUCUCCCGUGAUUGGUCAGUAGUGGAUCAUUCGUGCAUUUGAUUGGUUCAGGACCAUGGCAACAAACCGCCAUGUUUUAUUUUUACAAGUCGACGAGAGACGAAGCUAACAUCACUUUAUAGACAUGUAUGCAUCGCCAAUCCUUGAUUUAAUAUGAAGUACAGGCGGUUUUCAGCAUUAUUUACCGUCGGCACAAUGCCUGACUUUUUCGGCGACUACUAAAGGUUGUUUAGAGCAGUUUGUAGAGCAUCGGGCCAUCGUAGGUCGCCCUAGAUCUUUGGAGAUCAUGGAGAAAGUGGAGGUGUUUGAGGUUGUUAAAGUGACUGAGGAGGUGGAGAGCUACUACAGCCAAAUGGAGGCGACCACCCAAAAAAAGAGGAAGAGCAAAGCUCAAGAAGACAGUGUUGAGAAACCUAAGAGGCCUAGGUCUGCCUACCUGCUAUACUACUUUGAUGUUCAUCAGGUUAUGCAACAGGAAAUUCCUAAUCUACCACAGUCAGAGAUCAACAAGAGAAUAAGUGAAAGCUGGAAAAGGCUCAGCGUUGCUGAGAAAGGCUACUAUCUGGAGAAAGCCAAGUCUGAGAAGGAGGGCAUAGACACAUCGUCUGAGUCGUCUCUCACACCCUCAAAAGACCUGCCAGGCUUCCGUAAAAUCCUCCCCAGAGCUAGUUACUUUCUCUUGUCUAAAGGCUGCUCUUCAAAUCAGCAGCUGGAAGGCUCUCAGCCAGAGAUGAGUGUGGAGUCUCUGGACUCUCCAGUGGAGGGAGGUCUGCCUUCCGUCUCUCUCACCCAAGAGUCCCAGUUCACACCUCUUGGGUUGGCUGGUGAGGUGGAGCUCACUGAGCUGCCCAUUGUUGUCGAUGACAUGGCAGAGGAAACAACUGUGGCGUCUAAUCUCACGGGCCACCGAGGAAUCCCUCUCUCCUCCUCCUCCUCCUCCUCCUCAUCCUCUGUGUUAUGCAUAGCCCCGGCUUCCACAGACACCCAUGUCUCACAGGGCUCUGCUGGCCUUACAGCAAAUGGGGUGACGCUGAAAGGAAAGGAGACUAGAGUUACUGGUAGUGGUUAUGGGGCGAUGGUGCAGAAGAUACAGGGGGAAACUACACAGGUGGUUACCAUCAUACCCACCCAAAACCUGCUAGAGCCCAAGUCUUUGCCAGGUGUCAGCUCUGUGGGCCCAGUGAUGAUGGUCUCUGUAGGAGCCAGUAUAGAACAAAGUGCCACUCCUUCCUAUAAAAUGUCUGUGAAGACAUACACCCGGAGAGGUCGUGGGAGGUGUCUAAAUCCUGGAUGUUCAUUUGUGUAUGUUACCCGCCACAAGCCACCAACGUGCCCUGAAUGUGGGAGACACUUGGGUGGAAAAUGGAUACCUGCUGCAAAGAAGACACAAGAGAAAGAAGCGGUGUCCAAGAAAUUGCCACAGAAAGCUGAAACCAAGACAAAUGCAAGCUGCCAAUCCACACCUCACCCUGCUCAGGAGGGGAAUGCUGAUGUCUGUAAAACAAACGCCACCGGGAGCAAAAAAAAAAGCAAAGUUAAACAGUGCUCCAGAAAGCAGCGUGCUUUUCCAGCAGACAAGCCACUAGAGGGCACCAGCACCAAGGAGCAGGAACAAACAAAACAGGUUCAAGAAAGUCUUCAAGGUACGACAGUUCAAGUUCAAAUCAGAAGCAAUGCCACUGUUCAUAAGAGGCCUGUGAGACCCAUCCUUCCUGCCUACUAUAGCACAGGCCGGGCUUUGUACCAGAUCAGAACUGUUCACCCUGACAAAGGAAAGUUUCAGAGUGCAAACAACAACAAAUCAUCCACUGUGCCUCGAGAGAGUUUCACAGGUCUCAAACCGAGCACUUUAAAGCAGCUUGGCCAGACGGGCCUGACAACCGCAGUCAAGCAGGAUUCUUCUGUGCCACCAGAUGGAAGCCAGCCUGUGUCUUCAUUGGUUGAUAGGAGAGUGAAUAUCCUGUCUCUCGUGCCUUUCAAACAGCACACUGUAUCCAGCUUUGAUUUGGGAUUGUCUACAGCACGAGGAAGGGGUCGGUGUAAGAACUCUUCCUGUGACUAUAUGUAUAAGAACAGACACAAACCUGCAGUUUGCCCUAAAUGUGGCUGUGAGCUGACCCAGAAGAAUGCCAAGGGAGCUAAGUCUGGGACUCUGCUCGAUCCGUAUCAGGCCCUGAGUCCUGCUCAGAAGGACAUCCAGCGCCAAAAUACCCUGCAGUUACUACACCGUUCCCUUCAGAUUCCCGAGAGCGAGACUGAGCUUCAGGAAACGUUGACCCUCAUCCAGGAGCUCAAUAGUCUCCAGAUCGUCUUGGUUCAACCAAGUGGCCAGGAGCACGAGGACGGCGUAGAGGCUGAGACGCUGGUUGAGUCUGGGUGGCCUCAGUUCUAUGAAUCAGCAGCUACUCACUGUGGUCUGUGUAACUACCCUCUCUUCAAAGGAAGUCAGAGUACCAUUGCAGGACAAGAGGACUGCUGGUUGCUUACUGAGACACUGAUCCAGACAGCAACUCUUCAGCUCAAGGUGUGUCUCAAUGUUCAGUGUCUGGCUCUGCACAGCUUCACAGACCUGCAUCCAGGUUUGUUCAACAUAGGGAACAGACUGCUUGUUAGUAUCGACCUAUUCCUGAAGAUCAGGUCCAGUAUCAAACUGGGCCAACCCCCCUAUCAGGUAGCCAGGACCAUACUAGACCACACGCCCAAUCACCCUGUGCAUGGUUUGAGUCCAGAGGAGUUGUCUCGAAUUCAAGAGCUUCUCCUGAAUGGCUACUGGGCAUUUGAGUGUCUGACAGUGCGCGAUUACAACGACAUGAUCUGCGGCAUUUGUGGUGUUGCUCCCAAACUGGAGAUUGCACAGCGAUACACAAGCAACGUCCUGGAGCUAAAGAAUGUGGAGUUUACCUGGCCUAAGUGUUCAGUCUCAGAUGAGGUGAACGUGGAUGACUUCUGGCUGACCAUGGAGAGUGAGGCUAUUGAGCAAGCGACUUUCCCCACUGACAUCCCUAUCACAUGGGUGGAUGCUUCUAUCAUCGCUCCCUUCAUUCCCCCAUUGAUGAGGAGUCCCACUGUCAUCAACACAGAGAAGGACAAGAUCCUGUCACACACGCAGCAGCCCUCAGGAGAUCCAUCCGUUUUGGUGCGUCUCAUUCAUGAUGGUCAGCUGAGACUCGACAAGAUUGAAGAUCACAGUGAGGUUGAGCUGAGAACUAUACUGGACCGCUGUGGGGCGAGCAUCCCCCCAGGCUCCACUAAGAAUGAGCUGCUGGCCUCCCUGAUCUCCUUGUACACACUUGUUCAUGGUGGCCUCUCCACGGCUCCACAGCCCCCUCCACACGUCACCGCUGGCAAGCUGUCCACGGUCUGCCCCCACAAGGUUGUGUGCGGCUCUAAGUACUUGGUGAGAGGAGAGACGGCUCGAGACCAUGUAGACCUGCUACUUUCCUCCCGCUACUGGCCCCCAGUCUAUGUUAGUGACUGCGCCCGUAAAGUGGCGCUCUGUGCAGAUAUGCAGUACCCAGAACAGGCAACCCAGAUGUGGGGAAGGAACCAAGGUUGCUUCUCUGACCCUUUUGAAAAGCCAGAGUUUGUGUCAUGUGCUGAGCUACAAGACCAGCCGUACAGCCCUGACCUGUCACUGGUAGCAGAGAACCAGCAGGUCCACCCCAUCACCAAAUCACCUUGUUGCUGGCUGGUUCAUCCUCCCGAAGUAGCCCAGGAUCCCCCUGCUCUUCCUCCAGAGCACCACUCAAUGGCCCUCUGCAGAGAUCUGGAGCCCUACGUCAGCCUCAUGGCUGAGCUAGAGAAAGAGCAGGAAGGGGAGGAGGACAAGCGGGCAGAACAUAAAGAGCAAACAGACAAAGCAGAGAACAACUCCGCAGAGAACUCAGAGGACUGUUACUCGGUAAGCCGUGCACGCCGGCAACCUGUGGUUUUCAACAACACAGCUUAUUACUACCUUUACAACCGUCUGGUAGAUUUCUUCACGAGCAGAGACAUUGUUUGCCAGCAGAUCAACCAAGUGGUGAAUGCCUGCCAACCUGGGGAGGUAGUGAUCAGGGAUGCUUUGUACCGACUGGGUGUGGCGCAGAUCAACACAGAGAAAGAGGAAGAUGAAGGAAGUGGGGCGGAGGGACAGACACAAGAGGGAGGGACAGAGACCUAUGAGGUUGUGCUUACUGAAUAGAAAUUGUCACGAUGGACAUUAAACAUGUGGGCAGAGGGAUGGACUGAAUGUAGAGAUGGCUUCAUGCAUAUAAACAGAAAUGCAUAUGAUCUGAGGGACAGUCAUGAGGAGAGACGCAAGUGCUACCAGAAGGAUCUGAUAAUUUGGACGCGGUUCUAUCCUCAAUUCAUUGUUGCAGACAAGAGUACUUUACUCUUAGACUAGCCUGUACAUCAGAUCAUUUAGUCAGCUGUGCAUUGUUUUACUGACAUGAGGAAAUAAGCUGAAUAAUGAUAAAGUGGGUUACAUUUUUGCUGAGUAUUGAGCUCAUUGUAGGUAGUGAGAAAAGUAAUCAGUAGUGAUAAAGCUAUAGUGCAUAACUUUUUGACGUCAUUUACAUUCACGGCAUUGGCAAAUGAGUUGCUACAAAGCUAAUUAAAAUUAUUAAUCAGCUCCACAAAACUCUCUCUGUAUUUCUCAGGAUGUUCAGAAGAUUGUGACUUUCCCGCGCAGAAACUGGAGUAAAGAAAAUUAUUUCUUCUGAAAAGUCCAUCAUGUUCUUUUAAAGAUUAUUUUUUGGGGGGCAUUUUUAGGCCUUUAUUUCCACAGGACAGAUGAAGACAUGAAAGGAGAGAGAGAGAAAAGGAAUGACAUGCAGCAAAGGGCUGCAGGUCAGAGUCAAACCCUCGGCCUCUGCGUCCAGGAGGAAACCUCUAUAUAUGUGUGCCUGCUCUACAAACUGAGCUAAUCCGGCCACGAGUCCAUCAGUUUUUUAAAUCUGUGUCUUCCA